CCGCCGCGGGAGGCGCGGGCAAGAGGAUCCCGGACCUAGGGACCCAGACCUGCCUACCGGCCCGGUCCAAGCCAGCCGCCGUCACCUAUGGGGAACAGCCACUGCGUCCCUCAGACCCCCAGGAGGCUGCGGGCCUCGUUCUCCAGGAAACCCUCGUUGAAGGCAAAUAGAGAGGACAGCGCGAGGAAACUGGCGAGCCUGUUCGGCUCCGAGGCUGGCCCGGACGGGGACACCGCCGCAGACAAGCUCUUCUACUACAUCCCUGGGACGGACUUUCCAGGCCUGGAGAGUCAACCAGAGAACUUGGAGCAGCCAAUCCUGAGUGUGUUCAAGAAGGGGCGGCGAAAGGUGCCCGUGAGGAACCUGGGCAAGGUGGUACACUAUGCCAAAGUCCAGUUGCGGUUCCACCACAGCCAGGAUACCAGCGACUGCUACCUGGAGCUCUUCCCCUCCCACCUCUACUUCCAGGCUCAUGGUUCUGAGGGGCUCACAUUCCAAGGGCUGUUGCCGCUGAUGGAGUUGAGCAUUUGCCCACUCGAGGGGACCGGAGAGCAUGGCUUCCAGAUCACAGGCCCACUGCCUGCCCCACUCCUCGUCCUCUGCCCCAGUGAAGCUGAGCUCCGCCGCUGGCUCUACCACUUGGAAAAGCAGAUGGCCCUCCUGGGGGGACUGCGGCGCUGCCACUCUGCACCCCCGCAGGCCCCCGCAGGGAACGAGCUCCCCUGGUCCCUGCAGCGCCAUCUGACCUGGCUGCGGAGGGCAUCUGGGUGUGAAUCAGUGGGCAGUGCCAUCUGUGCCUCAAGGGUCAAGCUGCAGCACCUGCCCUCACAGGAGCAGUGGGAUCGGCUCCUGGUCCUGUACCCAACAUCCCUGGCCAUCUUCUCUGAGGAACCAGACGGGAUUGCCUUUAAGGGGGAGCUGCCACUCAGCGCCGUGCACAUCAACCUGGAGGAGAAGCAGACCCGCUCCUUCCUGAUAGGAGGACGGCUCAUCCACACCAUCCGGGUGGUGUGUGCCAGUCAUGAGGAUUACUGCCACUGGCUGCUGUGCCUCCAGACUGUCUCCCGCAGGGAUGGGGGCCCUCUGCUCCUCCACCCCGAGGGCUUCCCAGGCCCGCAGGGGCCCACACAGGUCACAGGUGGUGUCCGAGGCUCACUUUCCUCAGAUGGACGGACCAGCUGGGAUUCGGGGUGCCCGGCACCUCCCUCCAACCGCACCAGCUACUCCCUCCCCGAGUCCUCAGUGCCCUGCACUGCAGACUGCUCUUCCCCUGCCCAGUCUGCACCUGACCAGCCCGAUCCCAGCCCUGACUGUGCCAGCCUUGGCCGACCGAGGGCGGAGCUGAGGCGUAGCAGCCGGUCCCCCGGGGGCCAGGCCCGAGGGCAGCAGCCUGGCCCUGCUGCACCACCACACAUACAUCUGGACCUGACCAAGGUGGGCAGGCUGGGCCUGGAAUGCAGCCCAGCGGCCCCAGAGCACCCUCUGGGGGCACCACACUCCCCGCUGUAUGCUGAUCCCUACACCCCGCCAGCCACUUCCCAUCGCAGGAUCACAGAUGUUAGGGGCCUGGAUGAGGUCAGUCACCUGCUGGUGACAGGGCUGGCUGUGCCACAACCUGAAGUCAGGGAGAUGCCGAAGCCCGAGCUUCUUGGUGCAGUGCUGAGCUCACCUGGACCAGAGCCUUCCAGCCCAUUCCCCUCUGUUCCUGUGUCCGUGCCCAUUUCUAAUACCUGCUCUGGACUCUCCGGCUCCCCUGGCUCCCCUGGCUCCCCUGGUCCCCGCUUGGUCUCCAGGAAAGGAGCCCUGCAGUCCCGAGCCUCUCGGAGACACCGGGGUUCCAUCAAGGACCAGGGUGCACAGCCCCCAGAUGCCCCUCAGCUUGUCUCCACUGCCCCGGAAGGGCCCCCCAGCCCUCUGCUGCCUCCCUCAGGUGGUGACAAGACCUCAUCUCCCUCCCACCAGAAGUGGCCACAGCUCAAAAGGCUUGAGGCAGAGGGGGGGCUCAUCCAGUGGAUCUGAUGGCCCCUGGCCAGGGCUGCUUGUCAGAACCACAUCUGACCAGUUCUGACCCUGAAGUCAGACUUUGCAGUCGACUGCCCCUUCAGCCUAUGCCAAAUGCCCCCCGGGGUCUGACCCAGGGUCAAGGUGUCUCCCGGACCUGAGAGCAGACGGGUGGCAGCUGGAGUGACUAGAAGUAGGCACCUCAUCCCUGAGGACACCCCGACUGCGUGGCUGAUCACAGCUCGGCAAGGGUCUUCAGGGAGGUGCUAGACAGCUCAGCGCCGUCCUUCAGCUCUGCCUUCGGGGAGGGGACCUGACCUGGAAGCUGGGGUCCACAUGGAUGUGCAGGGCAGAGGGCUAGGUCAGGCAGGGUCUGUGUGUGAGGUCAGGGCGUGAGGCCCAGGUCUUGAGGUGUGAGCAUCAGAGGCGAGGCUCUCAGGGGUGGGGUCAGCAUUUGGGUGUGCGGGUGGGGCUGUCAGACACUGACACCGUAAAUUAGAGAGAGGAGAUUUUAUUGGUGCUGUCUACCUGUGUCCUCCACCAAGCAGCCGGGUGCCU